AUAGGGUGCGCUCCCUGCGGCCCCCGAUGGAGCCAGCGGAUUACAAACUCCUGUUAAGUGGCGCGCCAUCCCCUCCUCCUCCACAUCUUGCGCCCGGAGCAGAACCAGGCGUGCGGAGCGAAUCCUCUCCGUCCUGGAAGCAGCGGCUGUUCAUCCCCGCUUCUCUAGUCAGCGCCCCAAAAACUGCUCGAGCUCUGCAGUGCAAGGAGGGGGUGGAGGUGGGAAGUGUGUGCGCGCGAAUGUGAGUAUAGGAGGGGUGGGGGGUGAGUUGAGGGGGAAACAUAGCUACACAACAAGAGUGAGAUGGGUCCGGAGGCGGUCAGGUAUUCGUGAUUGUUGAGUGAACGUGGGGGUGAAGUUCUUCUGCUCCGCUCGGAUCUUUCCUCCAGGACCCUGAGUGUGUGAUUGCACGGCCGUCAUGAGUAACAUCUAUGAGUCUGCAGAGGCCACGCUGGGCUUCAUCAGCUCCCCAUGCCUGACCAAAGUGGAGCUGAGAGUGGCCUGCCGGGGGAUCUCGGACCGCGACGCCCUCUCCAAGCCCGACCCGUGCGUGGUGCUGAAAAUGCAGUCACACGGCCAGUGGUUUGAGGUGGACCGCACCGAAGUGAUCCGCAGCAGCAGCAGCCCCGUCUUCUCUAAGAUCUUCCUGGUAGAUUACUACUUCGAGGAGGUCCAGAGGCUUCGAUUCGAGCUGCACGACAUCAGCUCUGGAAACAACGGCCUCCGAGACGCGGACUUCCUGGGAGCCAUGGAGUGCACAUUGGGACAGAUCGUCUCUCAGAGGAAACUGACCAAAGCUCUGCUCAAACAGGGAAACACUGCUGGAAAGUCUUCAAUAAUGGUGACAGCAGAGGAGUUGUCAGGAAACGACGAUUACGUUGAACUCUCUUUCAGCGCUCGGAAGCUAGACGACAAGGAUUUCUUCAGCAAGUCAGACCCUUUUCUGGAGAUCUUUAGAGUAAACGACGAUGGGACUGAGUCGCUCGUACACCGGACCGAGACAGUGAUGAACAACCUGAGCCCAGUCUGGAAAUCAUUUAAAGUUUCAUUGAACACUCUCUGCAGUGGAGACCAUGACAGGGAGCUAAAGUGCACGGUUUGGGACUGGGACUCCAACGGCAAACAUGACUUUAUUGGAGAGUUUCAGACCACGUAUAAGGAGAUGAUGAGGGCAGAGCAGGAGGGCAAGCAGAUUCAGUGGGAAUGCAUCAAUCCCAAAUAUCAGAUGAAGAAGAAGAAUUACAGAAACUCUGGAACCGUCAUACUCAACCACUGCAAGAUCAUCAAAAUGUACUCCUUCCUGGAUUACAUCAUGGGAGGCUGCCAGAUUCAGUUCACAGUGGCCAUAGACUUCACAGCAUCCAAUGGGGAUCCAAGAAAUAGCUGCUCUCUCCAUUACAUCCAUCCCUACCAACCCAACGAGUACCUCAAAGCCCUGGUGGCUGUAGGGGAGAUCUGUCAGGACUAUGACAGUGAUAAAAUGUUUCCUGCGUUUGGUUUCGGAGCUCUGAUACCGCCGGAUUUCAAGGUUUCACAUGACUUUGCUGUGAACUUCGAUGAGGAAAAUCCGGAAUGUGCCGGGAUCCAAGGUGUGGUGGAGGCCUACCAGAACUGCCUUCCUAAAAUCCAGCUGUACGGGCCCACCAACAUCGCCCCAAUCAUCCAGAAAGUGGCCUCCUCUGCCUCCGAGGAGAUGCACACCAAAGAGGCCAUGGAAUACUUCAUCCUGCUAAUCCUGACCGACGGAGUCAUCACAGACAUGGCGGACACGCGGGAGGCCAUCGUGCACGCCUCCCACCUCCCCAUGUCGGUCAUCAUCGUCGGCGUGGGCAACGCCGACUUCACGGACAUGCAGAUCCUAGACGGCGACGACGGGAUCCUGCGCUCCCCCAAGGGCGAGCCCGUCCUCCGGGACAUCGUUCAGUUUGUCCCCUUCAAGGAUUUCAAACACGCCUCUCCAGCUGCUUUGGCUAAGAGUGUUUUGGCCGAAGUUCCCAACCAAGUGGUGGAUUACUACAACGCGAAGGGGAUCAAACCUAAGUGUAUAUCGGACUACGAGUCCUCAAGAACCUUCAGCCCCUGACGAUGUACAACAUGCACAUGUGUAUACGUAACACUUACAUAUACAUAUAUAAGUUACAGGGGUGUAACAAAACAUCCAUUUAAUGAAACAAGACCACGCAAAGCAAUGCAAAAACAACGGGUUUUCAAAAAGGAAGGAUGAUCCUUUUUUAGCAGUAGCUUGGGGGAGUCUAGGAAUUUUUUUUUUGCUUUAACAAUCUGCCUUCCAUGAGUCAGUAAGUAAUUAAUUUAAAAUAAUUCAGUCCGGCUAUGACCAGUCCAUAUAAUGAGGUUAUUAUGCUUAUCAAAUGAACGCUGGAAAUAGGCAGCAGCCUCUCCACAACCCAGCAAUGAUAAGUGGGGUCCAGACAAAGCAUGGAUGGAUGCUUGUUCAUUUUUGGUGGGGGGCAGAAAGAGGGGGGGGAUUAUAAUUUCACUAAAGCAAUAAACUUGUUCCUUUUUGUGUUUUUAUAAUGAAAUAAUAGUAUAAUUAAUCCAAAUUGAAUACUUAAAGUAUUUUAGCUUUUAAGCUGGAGAUACUAAACUGAGGUCUGUAAUUCCUAAAAACUUUGAAUAGUCCUCAAACUGCUGAUCAUGCGGUUUCUUACUUUGCUGUGCAUGCUGCCGUGCUGGAUCGCUUGCGGGUCUAAAAGGUGAGGGAAUUAAGCUAAUUAAUUUGUCUCGCUAUGCUUCCGAAGUGUGUUGCUUUUGAUCCGCGUCCGUUUUGAAUAGAGCGUAUACACUGGGAUCCAGAGUGUGGAAUUCACAUUGUCCAUUUGUAAUAACAAGUUCUCUGUUACUUUUGAAAUCACAUUAUUGUAUAGUUGAAGUAUCCUUCAGCUGAUCCAAAUGAAUUUUCUGGUGCAGAAUAAAUGCCCUUAGGUGGCCAGAAAAAAAAAAAAAAAAAAAUUGCCAAAUGAAUCAGAUAGUAGUGUUGCAUGAGAUUUAUUAGUAUUAUUCUUGGGAUUUUGCGCUGGUUGUGUGGUUAGAAUGUCUCCUGGAUGCCUCCAUGGGGAAAUGUUCCACGUUCCGGGUCCGUUUUACCGGGUGGUGACCCAGAGGACGACCCAGGACACGCUGGAGGUACUAUGUUUUCUCGGCUGUCCUGGAAAGCCUUGGGAUUCCCAUCAAGAAGUUACCCCAAGUGGCUGUGGAGAGGGAAGUCUGGACCUCUCUGCUUUACCCUGCCCUUGGAUUAAGCAGAAGAUGAUGGAUGGAUGGGUUACUGCAGCAAUAAAUGUGUAGCAGUGAAGUGCUGCAUAGGUGGCACACAUGGCAUGUGACUCCUGCAGCACCCAUGCUGCUGAGUUUUUUUGACAUCUUUAGAAAAGUCUGCACCUGCCUGGUUUACCUGGAAAUCAAAUUACGUAUUCUACGGAGUAACAUGUAAGAGGAAGCAUUAUUUACCUUAGGCAGUGCAUCUUCAGGUGCUAUUGAAAUUCAGGGCAGUUAAGCAGUGGUGUGACUGGGGUGCUAACUUUAGCUCUAUAAUGAACCUGUGAAACAAACCCCAACUUUGCCAUGAGUUCUGGCACACAGUUAGCCUAAGAUGCUCACGAUGCUUCAGGAAAUUGUUCAGAUCUCAUGUCUCACUGUUUCUGUGUUCUUUUGAGUACCUGAACGCUUUGUGAUAAAUAAUUUAAAAAGCUACAGACGCUUCUUCGUCGGUUUUGUAACCAGUGUUGUCGGCAAGCCCGACAAACGGUCUCCGUGAUUGUUCACCGCAUCAGUUCAUCUCAAAAACGGCUUACUUUCCUACUUUAAAGUUGCAGUCUCAAGCAUAAAUAGCAGCUCUUGGUCAACGUACAGGGCCCAUGACAAUAGCUCGGUUUUGCUUGACAAGACAAAAGUCACAAAAUGAUACAAACUGGAUAGCACUUUCCAUCCCUGGCUUCACUUCAGUCUGAAAUAUGUCAUGUUUUGGUUUUGCUGGGGUCCCAGAUGCAGAGACAAGGACAGAUGGAGCUUAGUAAAUAAAGGAUUUUGAUAACACAACUCAGGAGACAAGAACAGACUGCCAGCAGCAGGCUGAAGACAGUAGAGGCUCUGACAAUGGAGCAAAUUAAACCAAGGAGUAUUUGUGGCACAGGGGUGAAACCACUCAAUUCAAGAACUACAAAUAUAAACAUACGUAAAUGACUAAAAACACUCUUGCAUCAACCAUAAUUACUAAGCUAAAGUCUGACUGAUUGUGAAAGUAAAGUGUUUUAAUCCUGUGGGAUUUCAUAACCAGAUCUUGUUGCACCCCUGAUAAGUUAUAUAAAAUACAUCCAAAUAUUGUACAAUAUAUACAUGUCUAAAAGCACAAGAAGACAUAAGCAAAUACAUAUACACAUCAAUACAACAUACAGUAGUCUAGCUGAGAGAAUUAGCUUGUUAUGGUGAAGCAAUUUGAACUACUCCAUUGAUGACUAUUGCAUGUUUGGCCACAAUGGCAUCACUUGGGAAAUUAUUGCUAUAUACUGUAUAUUGAAAAUGUAUUUGUAAAAAUAUUAACAGUCUUCGGAACCGGCAUGCAUAGUCUGACCAUAUCCCACUGAAAGAAAUGACACUUCUACCUUAUUUAGAUAACUAGCAAGUACACAAUGCUAAAAGUUCCCCAAUAUUUAAGGGGGAAAAGCCUGAACAUGAGCCUGCAAACUCCCUCCCCUCCCCCCAAAUGCUUAGAAUUAGCAUUGCAAAUGUUAUUUGUGGGACUGGUGGCAUUCGAUUUAGUGUACUGCAUGAAUGCAUGCAUAAUUCAGCUCCCACUAAUAUCCAAUCUCGAGUAGCCGCUUGCUAGUUAUGAAAUAAAGUAUCUCUGUCAUUUGUGUGAAGCAGUGGGGUAAUCUCGGGCAUUUGGGGUUCUUUUUUUUACAGAUUUGCUUGUGAUUUUGCUAAAUGGAAAAUGAAUAACUAAUGGAUAAUUGUAACAAUUUCUUAAUAACCUUCUUACAUUGUAAAGAGUUUCAGGAUGGUAGAAAAGCGUGUGUGGUAGAGUCUAAUUUGUAAGCUGGAAAUUGUUUCCGUUUUCUGUAUCCUGCAUGGUGAUUAUAAUAAAGAUGAUUUGGGUUUCUCACUUU